AUGCCGGUGUGCGAUCUAUGUCUGACGGUGCCAUUUACCGCCUUGCCCCGCUUGCCCCAAGAGCGCCGGGGGCUGACCACAGUCGCGGACAGUGCCGAGAGCAUCCAGGUCAUGUUCCAGGCAGGAGAUGAGAUCACGAGCCCGGAUGCAGAGCUCCCAGAUCAGAUCGGGUUCCCCUUCCACGAGGACCUCGAGGCCUUGGCAUUGUCGGCGAGGUCAUGCCCUGUCUGCAACGUAGCGCAGACUGGCGUGCAAGGCUGGAUCGACCGCUGGGAAGAUGCCGCAAAGAACAGCAAAUCUUUCAUCGAGUUUUCACUGCAGAGAGAACCCAUCCCCACUGGCCAGCAGCUCUGGCUGACGGCCUGUGACGACGGAGAGCAAGGCUUUUUUCUCUGGGCGAAGAACCCAGCCACGCCCAAGUACUUGUACCUGUUAGCGGCAGUGAGGUUCUAUGCUGAAGCCAGCAUCGACAUCCGUGAAACACCUCAGACUUUUAUCGAUGCAGUUACCAUAGCCCGACGACUGGGCCUCCGAUACCUGUGGAUCGAUAGCCUUUGUAUCUGUCAAGAUGAUGCGAGCGACUGGGCUCGUGAGUCGUCCCGAAUGGUCGAUGUGUAUUCGAAUGCCCACAUCGUCAUAGCGGCCAACCGCUCUGAUGACUGCAACGGUGGGAUCUUCCACAGCCGCACGGCACGCCCGAAGACGGUUUUCAAGCUCCCUGGUGGGGCGGACUAUGUACAUGCAAUGCUGUUGUUUCAGUCAGACCAGCGGGUGGCGUUCACAGCAACCGAGUUCCCCGGCGAGCCACUUACCCGUCGAGGCUGGGCACUGCAGGAACGAGUUCUGGCGAAGCGUAUUAUUCAUUACAAUGCCAGACAGAUUUACUUCGAAUGUGACCAAGGCAUCUUCGCCGAGGAUGGCUCACACAAGAAAGAGCGGCACUGCAGGUUGAAUGACAGGCUUGCUCCCUCCCUGGAGAUCUCUACUGGUAAUUCAUCGGACUCAUUGCCCGACUACGAAGCGGACUUACGACUCUGGGACGCACUGGUCUGGGGCUACGGAAGGCGCAAGCUGAGCAAGCCGACCGACAGGCUGCCAGCCAUCAGUGGUCUUGCCAGACUGUUUCACAAGAGAUUCGGGGGACAGUACGUCGCUGGGAUCUGGAGCAAGGCCAUGAUGGAGGGCCUGGCGUGGCAAGGCCUGGGCGAGAGAGCACCCGCAUCCCAAGACGAGUACAUCGGGCCAAGCUGGAGCUGGGCAAGUUAUGCUGGGAUCGGAGCCAUGGGACCAAAUCCGGGCUGGGUCGAUAUCGCUGACAUCCUGGACUGGCACGUUGACUUGAAGCACGAGGCCAACCCUUUCGGCGAGGUGGAGGAUGCCUGGGUGCGGAUCCGAGGGCCUGCCAUUCAGCUCAGGCACAGCACACUGGAGUCGAAUGAGCACGAAGCCAGGCUCGGCCGAGCUGAAAUCCGGCCGCUGCCGAGGGUCUGUACGCCUUACUCGGAGUCUGAGAACGGGACGAUCAUGAAGACGGACCACGCCGAUGUCACUGGUACCAGCGAGUGGAAGGAAUGGCCAAUCGAAGUGCUACUUCUCGGUGGUUAUAAGGGGGAACGAGGUCAGGAGUCAGACUCGGCCGACGGCGAUGCUGACAAGGCAAUGAGCUCGCUCUACGGACUUGUUAUCAGGAGUGCAGGAGACGAGCAGACGGGAAAGAUGCAGAGAACUGGGUGGAUGUUCCUUGAUGGUAAAGAAGGGUCCAAGAUCCGAGAAGACGAGAAGAAUUGGAAGACUGUAACCUUGGUCUGA